AUGCGUUUUAAAUUUUGGCUACAUCCAGAUUCUCAUGAAUGUUAUCAUGAAUUAUUGGACAACGGUACAAGUGUAUAUUUUAUGUAUGAAAUUUUAAAUUCUCAAACACAUGAUAGCAGUAUUGUUGCUUUUUUUCGCAAUGCUUAUAAUGGAAGUAUUUUAGCUGUUUCAACAACUCCUCAACGCGCUUUAAUUGAUAUUUGUAUGACGCAUACAAAGUCAGAUAAUUCUGCUAAAUAUCUUUCUGUAUUCUUGCAUGUGUAUCAUAUUGAUAAAAUCUUAGCUAGUAUAAAAGAAGCUGGAGAAUUUGAUAAUUCAUCAAUUAAUGCUUAUAAUUCACUAGACUCUAUUAAACAUCAUGUUAUUGUUACACGUGAAAGACAAAUUGAAAUGGAAAUGCUUAAUCAAAAAGAUCUUUAUUUAAUAGAACAAAAUUUAUUAUGGGUUAAUCGAUGGGCAAUUAUACACAUCAUUUUAAUAAUUAGUUGUAGUCUUUUUCAAACUUUUUUCAUUAGACGUUUAUUUCAAACACCAGUAUCAAUUAAAAGAAUGAGAAAGUAA